CUGGAUGCCCACCUCUGAGCCAAAACCGGCAAUAACAAAUAUUACACAAGCCAAGUGUCCAGAGUUUAUAAGUGAAACACACAAUGGUGGGACUACGAAUGCCCUCCAACCGCACCCUAGGGAACAUAUGCGUCUAUGGCGCUGUGGCUUCCAUAUCUGCCGUCAUGUACAUGCGCUGGAAAAUGGAGGACCGAGUGCGAUCCUGUGAAUACUACAAACUUGCUCUAAAGGGGCUUCGACAGCAUAAAGGAGCGGUCUCACUACUAGGAGAGCCCAUUAAGGACAAUGGAAUCGAUCUGUCCAAUGUCAAUAACAACUGCAACGCGGAGAAAGCACAGUUCGAGGUAUCCGUUCGGGGCAGUAAGGACAAAGGAACUCUCUACUUUUGGGCGUCACAUGAGCCGGAACGGGGCUGGCUAAUAGAUCGACUGGAGCUGGAAACCAAGCUUAAUCCAGAAAAGCGGUUCCUGCUUAAAAAAUCCGAAGAGCUUAACAUCGGUCUGCCCGAGGCAAUAAGCCAAAAUCCCACCCAGAAAAUAGAAUAGACCAUUCUGUCCGAGAGUAAUUUUCUAAGCAAAGAAAUACCUAGGAAGUAGUCCGAUUCAAUUAGUUUAUUUUCAUUAAAUUUGACUAAUUCAAGCAA